CUUAAACCCUAAACCUCGGUAGCCGGUAGGCCGCAGCAGCUUCCUUCAAAUACCUUUUUCUUCGGAUGUAUUUCAGUUUUAGGGUUUGAGUUUAGGUCUUCUUCCAUGGCCUUGUUCUUGCUCUACGAAUCCGCUUCCGGCUACGCCCUGUUGGAAGCUCAUGGCCUCGACGAAAUCGGCCAGAACACUGAAGCCGUUCGGAACUCCGUUUUGGACCUCAACAGGUUCGGCAAAGUCGUCAAGCUUCGUUCGUUCAAUCCUUUCACUUCCGCUCUCGAUGCUCUCAAGCAGUGCAAUGCCGUCUCCGAAGGCAUAUUAACUGAUGAGCUGAGGACUGUUUUGGAGACUAACUUGCCUAAAGUGAAGGAAGGCAAGAAGUCCAAGUUCAGUUUAGGUGUGUCUGAUCCUAAGAUUGGUUCACAGAUAUCUGAGGUGACUAAGAUUCCAUGCCAAAGUAAUGAGUUUGUGAGCGAACUUCUUCGUGGGGUGCGAUUCCAUUUUGACAAGUUUGUCAGUGAUCUCAAGUCUGGAGAUUUGGAAAAGGCACAACUUGGUCUGGGGCAUAGUUACAGCAGAGCUAAGGUGAAAUUUAAUGUUAAUCGGGUUGACAACAUGGUUAUUCAAGCUAUCUUCCUUCUGGAUACACUUGAUAAGGAUGUCAAUUCGUUCUCAAUGAGAGUCAGAGAGUGGUAUUCAUGGCAUUUUCCUGAGCUGGUGAAAAUUGUAAAUGAUAAUUAUCUGUAUGCCAAAGUUGCAAAAUUUAUUGAGGACAAGGCAAAGUUGACUGAAGACAAGAUUCCAGACUUAACUGACAUUGUUGGAGAUGAAGAUAAAGCAAAGGAGAUUGUGGAAGCUGCCAAGGCCUCCAUGGGGCAGGAUUUGUCGCCAGUGGAUUUGAUCAAUGUCCAGCAAUUUGCCCAGAGGGUAAUGGACCUAUCUGAGUACAGGAAGAACCUAUAUGAUUACCUGGUUGCUAAAAUGAGUGAUAUUGCACCAAAUUUAGCCUCUUUAAUUGGUGAAGUUGUUGGUGCUCGUCUGAUUUCCCAUGCUGGUAGCCUUACAAACUUAGCUAAGUGCCCCUCUUCAACUCUUCAAAUUCUUGGUGCAGAGAAAGCUUUGUUCAGGGCACUAAAAACACGAGGAAACACCCCCAAAUAUGGUCUGAUAUUCCACUCUUCAUUUAUUGGUCGGGCAUCUGCUAAAAAUAAAGGCCGUAUGGCUCGUUAUCUUGCAAAUAAAUGUUCAAUUGCAUCACGGAUUGACUGCUUUUCUGAAAGGGGUACUACUGUUUUUGGGGAGAAACUCCGUGAACAAGUUGAGGAAAGACUUGACUUUUAUGACAAGGGAGUUGCCCCUCGCAAGAACAUAGAUGUCAUGCAGUCUGCUAUUGAAAGUGUUGAAGACAAAGAUACAGAUAUUGAAGCUUCAGGCAAGAAGGCCAAAAAGAAGAAACAAAAAGCUGCUGCUGCUGCUGAGGGUGAUGACAUGGCUGUAGAUAAAGUUCCAAAUGGUGAUGCGGAGGAUCUUAAAUCAGAGAAGAAAAAGAAAAAGAAAGAAAAGAGGAAAUUGGAACAGGAGUUGGAGAUUCAGGAUCUGGCUGAAGAUGAUGGGGAUGCCAAUGAGCAAAAUGGAACAGCUAAGAAGAAGAAGAAUAAAAAGGAUAAUAACGGAGAAGUAUUGGAGGCUGCUGACGAGUCUAAGAAGAAAAAGAAAUCAAAAAAGAAGAAUAAUGAGUAAAUUAUGAUGUAUUUCUUUUAGCUUUUAGUGUCGAAAUCGAAUUUGUCAUGUUAUAGUUUCGGACAAUGUUAAAUUUUAUUUGCUUGAACUUAACCAAUUGUUGCAUGUCUAGAUUUAUGUUGACUUGUCAUUUGACGUACAAAUUUUGUCCUAGUAAGUUUCCCCAUAAUUUCUGUAUUA